CUCAAGUCCCAAACUGCCGGUCGAAACCCCACCAUGCAUUUUUAGGAGUUCGCAGCUGUUACCACGGCCAAGCGCUUCUCCUCCGCCCUUCCCGGCAGGGCCCUCCCGCCGGUGCCGGAGUGGGUCGGGAGAGGCCCCAGCCGGGCGGGCCCCGCCUGCGGCCCGCCCCCAGCACCCGCCCCGCCCCGGCCGCCCGGUCCUUCCCCGGACUCAGCCCCCUUUGCCCGUUCCCUCCGCAGCGCCAUGUGGGUCUCGCCUCGUUCCUUGAUGCUCCUGCUGCUCAUGGGGGUCCUGCGCCAUGGCGGAGCCUCAGGUCUUCUUGAGCUCUCCUUGGGAAAAUUCAGAAAUGUGCUACUUAACCAGACCAAUCCAGUGGAGGCUGUAAUCAGGAACAUCGCCAGCAAUGUGACUGUGGUUAUUUUUCAAGCGCAUGCCCAGCAGAGUGAUGUGGUGAUAUCUUUUGAUAAGACUCCGUCAGUGAACAGCUCAGGAAUUGGGGUGGACAAAGGGCUGGUGUCCAUCCUUCGGCCUGAGCAGACCGUAUGUACGUGGUACCUGCGUGCCCUGGGUGCUGGCCAGGUGCUCAGCACCGCCAUCUCCAUUCCCUACAUGGAGAAAGAUCCUAUUCCUGGAGGCUGCAAUCUAGAAUUUGACUUGGAAGUGGAUCCAAAUAUUUACCUGGACUACACGUUGGUUGAUAUACACAUUAAGUUUGCCCCUGCAAACUUGGGAUAUACCAGAGGAGCAAACCCGCCCUCCUGUGAUUCAGGGACUGGUCAGAGCUCCCGGUGGCGGCUGCGCUAUGAUGUGUACCAGUACUUCUUGCCCGAGAAUGACCUGUCUGAGAUGGUGCUCAUGAGCCACAUACGGAAAAUGUCUGGGGUGCAGAGUGUCAAAGCCAAUGGCAUUAAGAUGCUUACGCUGACAGCUGAUGACAAGACCAGUAUCUACUUCUCCUCACUUCCUGGACAAGGUGUGAUCUACAAUGUCAUAGUGUGGGAUCCUCUUUGGAACAGUUCUGCUGCAUACAUACCUGUGCAUACAUAUGCCUGCAGCUUUGCUGACCUGGUGGAUAACUGCUCUUCCCUCAGUAAACUCUCUACCAGAGUAUUCUUCACUGCUUUUGCUGUUCUUGGUCUUUUCACCUGUUUUUUUGGACACAGAUUCUGGAAAACAGACUUAUUCUUCAUGGGCUUCAUUGUUGCAGCAUUUGUCUUCUUUGUGUUCAUUACCACGGUAACUGGCCUUAGUUAUGAUGUGCGUCUUAUUUUGACAGCAGUGGCUGGAAUCAUUGGAGGCCUGCUCUUGGUUGUGAGCUGGUGGAGAUUUGGCUCUGUCCUGCUCAGCAUGCUUGUUAUUGGACUUGUGUUGGGAUUUCUCUUCUCAUCAACGCUCUUCUUUACUCCCCUAGGAGACUACAGGGUCUUCCGUGAUGAUGUGGUGUUCUGGGUGACCUUUACUUGUGUAGCCUUGAUGAUUCCAGUGCUUUUUGUUGGCUGCCCAAGAAUUCUGAACAUCUUGGCUUCUGGAAUAGUGGGCUCUUACACAGUGAUCCUGGCCAUUGCUUGCUAUGUCUACACAAGCCUUGCUUACAUCACCUUAGACCUGCUCAGAAGGGUCCUCAACAGUUACUUCAGCAGAGCUUACACCAAUGUGCCUUUUCAAAGGAAUGACUUCAUCAUCCUGUCAGUCUGGGCAAUGCUGGCCCUCAGUGGGGUCACUGUGCAGCUCCGCCGGGAGAGGAGUGAGGUGCCCUUCCCACCACAUCCCUAUCUCACCUGGAAGAGGGAAAGGGAGCGUAGAAGCACCAAUGUCUUAGACCCCAGCCAUCAUAUCCCUCCCCUGAGAGAGAGGAUCCACAACAAGCUGCUGCAUAUCAAAGAGUUCUUCCAGAAAGACCAGCCAGCUGGGGAGAGAACUCCACUGCUUCUGUAACUUGCCAAAUAACUGGUGGGAAUGGAGAGGGAGGAUCUGGGAAUGGUGAGAUGAUUACCAGCAACCAGCAGUGGUACAAGAUUUACCACUGCUAAUUUGUCCUACUGAAUAAGAGAUUGCUGCUUGGUCAGCUUGGCAGAGCAGUUACCUGUCCAGUACACUACAUGCUGUUUGUGACUCCUCUGUGACACACUCUGCCUGCUGCAACCUCCUUGUGUCCAGUUGCAGAAUCCUGUACUCCUUCUGCCAAGGACAGGCACUGAUCCUGUGGGGUCUACUUUGCUGUUUGGGUAUGUGAAAUAUCAAACAAGCCUUGGAAAGCAACCUACUGAUUGUUCCCUUGCCUGUGGGAAUGUCUGCUGAGGCAGUGCCCAACUUGCUCUCAAGAGUGGGCAGCCUGUCCAGCUGUGAGGGGAGGGAUAGGGACUGGACAUACAAGGAGUUCUUCCAUCAGGAACUGAGCAUCUCCUUCUAACAGGUACAAAACGUGUGGCUGCAGGCACACUGCUUUCCAAGAAGUGUUACUGAACCUUGCAAGCUGAACUGAGUGACUUGAAUUGAAACUGCACUGAGUUAACUGUAGUCCAUGUGCACUGUGGGGCUUGGGAACGGGGACUGAUCUGAGACAAGAAGACUUUUUCCUUUGCUUUUGGGUGGUUUUGUAGCAAGCCAGUCAUCUGGUCUCUGUGCAGAGAUGGCUGUUAAGAGGACACAAGAGGUUUGUCUCUCUUUUUGCUUUCUGAACAGCCUGUUCUUGUUUUUGCUCUGGUAUAGUAUAUUUUCUAAUGGUGCUGUCAUAAAAGAAAGAAGUAAAUAAGCUCUUUGUAGCCAAUUGCAAUUUUUUUCCCCUGAAGUUGGCUGAAACACUAAUUGUUUAUUUUUAAUCAUCUUUUAAUUUUGUCUUUAAGGGGUGAAAAUAGCAUUCAGCUAGCAAGAUACUGACCAGGAACCUUGCUGACUGAAUGUGUUCUUUACCUAUUUGAAUUACAUCUGCCUAAAGCAGAAUGUAGUAUAAAAACAGAUGAGGGACCAAUCUCAUGUGGUGGCUUUAUGCUCUUCUUUAAAAACAAAAAAACCCAAGAGCCAUUUUCAAAAUGUCAGCUGGAGCAAUGUUUUUUUGGCUCAUCCCAAAGAGACCUGAAGGUGUUUUACCUGUGCUUGUCCCUUGUGCCCUGUCCUAGUCUCCUGUGGGAGUCUGUCAUGCACUGAAGGAUGGCUCAUGUCUCACAUGCUGUACCUUGACACAGGGUAUGGUGACUCUUCCUCCUCCUCCCUGUGUCUGACCCUUCAGUGAGGGCAGCUGAGUCCACAGUCCUGCCUGUGUGAGGUGAGUGGCUGCUCAGGUGCCUGCAUGGAGUCUCCAUGAGGGAAUUCCCCAGGGAUGGAAGCUUAAGCUCAGCCACCACUUUAAAUUCUUGGUAGGAAAUCUGUAAGAAACAGCUCUGAUGAAACUAGCAAAAUAACUUUUUUCUGGGAACUUUGUUGGAAGUUAGACAGGAAUGAAUGACUUGUAAAUGGCUUUUCUUAAGGAGUGAGAGCUCAAAGACAGUGUCUGAGGUGACUGAAUCCUUCUGAUGUUCAGAGAAAAAUCUCAUCCUUGCUUGGAGCUGGAGUAUCUGCCUCAAACAGCAAAGCAAGGCUGAAAUCCUGCAGUUUGGGUCUGGUUUCCCUGUGCUGUUGUGUGGCACAUGGGGUAAACAAGGAGCUCUUCCCUGGGUCUCUGCCCGUCCUCCCUGCACUCAUCCUGAGCAUGUCUCUGCCAUGUGUCAUGGCAAGCAGCAAAACCUUCUGUGGUAUAGAAAUGCUCUUAAACAUGUUUACCUUGGUGGAUCUUUAUAACUGCUGCAAUUAACAUUGUGCAAGAAACAAGUUUGACUUUAAUUUUCUAUAUCUUUUAUAAUAAAGAUGUCUUUUCAAAAAUAUUGAAACUAAA